AUGCCCCGCCAACCACGCGAUCCCCUCCGUCAAGGUUCCUUACAGUCAAUCGCAAGCGAUGAAGCACCCAUCUCUGUCUCUGAUGCGAGCUCUCCGUCGCCAGUGUCCGAGAGCUCCCGGGAGAGGAAUACGCUGAGUCCAACCUCCCGGCGUUCACCUGCGAUUAUCAUGCUCAUGGGUUUGUCCGGAACCGGAAAGUCGAAUUUCAUCAACAAGGCCAUCAGUGCUACCAGCGGCUUCAAUGAGGACAGAGUAGGUCAUGGGUUGACCUCCCACACCCAAUCAACGGAAGUGGUGAGGCUUUGA